AUGAACGGGUUUGCGCCUCCAAUGGGAGCGCCCGCUACGCCAUGGAGAGAAGUGACCAACGAAGAGGGCAAGACUUACUACCACAACACUCUUUUGAACACGACGACUUGGACGAAGCCUGAAGACUUGUACGACGACUUUGAGCGCGCGCUUGCCAGCACUGGAUGGGCGGUUCAGACAUCGGGCGACAAGAAGUACUACUACCACAAGGACACUCGCGAGACGACGUGGAACAUUCCUGCGGAUGUUCAGGCAAUCGUCGACCAGAAGCAAGCCCAACAGCCCCAGCGCCCACCUCCUGCCGGUCCAUCCGGCUGGGCUGCAGGCCCUCCCGCAUUCGACACCCGACGCGAUGACUACCAGAUGGAGAGGCGCGAGCGCGAGCCUCAUCAGGACCGGGGCCGAGAUAGGGAGCGCGACUUUGGCGGGGAGAGACCGAACAUCUCCUUUACAACCGGCAAUGAACUCCAGUUCUCAACGCCACAGGAUGCCGAAGGUGCCUUCAUGAAGGUGCUGAAGCAAAUGAAGGUGCAGCCCGACUGGACCUGGCAGCAGGCAGUCCGCGCCGGUAUCAAAGACCCCAACUGGCGCGCCAUCCCUGAGCCAGAGAAGCGCGAAGAGGCAUUCAGGAAGUACUGCGAAGACAUGCGCGCCCAGGAGAAGCAGAAAGAACAGGAGCGCCAGGCCAAGCUCCGCUCCGACUUCACCGCUAUGUUGCGCUCGCAUCCCGAGAUCAAGCACUACACCCGCUGGAGGACCGCGCUCCCGUUCAUCGAGGACGAGACCAUCUUCCGCUCGGCCAAAGAUGACAGCGAGCGGCGCGCGCUUCUCGAUGAAUACAUCAUUUCUCUCAAGAAGGCAAAUGAGGAGCAGGAGGCAGAGAACAGGCGAUCCGCUCUCGACGAAGUCCUCGGACUUCUCCAAAGCCUCGAUCUCGAACCCUUUACGCGCUGGCACACCGCCGAAGAGAAGCUCGAGAGUAGCGACGACUUUAAAAGCGAGAAGUUCAAGGCUUUAAGCCGCAUGGACGUGUUGACCCAGUUCGAGAAGCACGUCAGACAGCUUCAGCGCGAGCACAACGACCGAGUACAGGCUGAUCGGGUCAAGAAGCAUCGCGUUGAGCGCAAGAACAGGGACGCUUUCAUUGGUCUCUUGAAUGAGCUCCGUGACAGUGGUGCGCUCAAAGCUGGCACCAAGUGGAAGGACAUUCACGAGAAGAUCAAGGACGAUGGACGCUAUCUAGCUAUGCUUGGUCAGGGUGGUUCCUCGCCGCUGGACUUGUUCUGGGACGCCCUGGAGGAGGAGGAAGGCAAAUUUCGCACUCUGCGCCGUUAUGCCUUGGAUGUGCUCGAGCAACAACGCUUCGAAGUCACCACAGCCACCCCGGUCGAUGAGUUCCUAAAGGUCAUGCGAAUAGAUCCUCGCACCGCUAACAUUGACGAGCAGUCGAUGCACAGUAUAUUCAACUACGUUAUAGCCAAGGUCAAGAAGCGGGAGGAGGACGACCGCCGUGACGAAGAGCACAACGAGCGCCACACCAUGGAUGCGCUGCGCUCCAUCAUCAAGCGCUUGGACCCGCCAGUGUCUGUGACAGAUACUUGGGAAGUGGUACGUCCCCGCGUUGAGAAGACAGACGAGUACCGGGCACUGAAAUCAGAUACUCUCCGCGAAUCCGUCUUCGACAAAUACAUGCGUCGCCUCAAGGACAAGGAGAGCGACCGACGCGAUCGGAGCAGACGCGACGACCGUGAUCGCGAGCGGGACAGGGAUAGGCGCGAGCGAGAUCCUGAGCGCCGUCGAGCUACGCAGGACAGAGUGGCCCGUCACAGGAUCAGUGAUGGUACUGGCUUGUCUCCCCCCCGCCGUCGUGAGCGUCGCGAGGACGACAGAUACGAGGGCCGUCCUCGGCGCAGCCCCGCUGGUGACCACUACGUCUCUGAGCGCCGUGAACGCGAAGCUGAGCGCGAGCGAUCCUACGUGAGCAGAGCUGACCCGCGUGAGUCAAGUGUUAGCUUGUUAGACUACGGUGACGGGGCUGGUCGUACUGCUUCGGCUAGGCGCCGCCGGGAGAGUGAUGAGAGCGCAAGCAAGCGCGACAGCAAGCGCGCUCGCUACUCUCCUCGCCACGAUCGCAAGUCGAAGACGCCGGUCCCAGAGCCACCCAAAGAAGAAGACCGUGCCGUGCGAUCCGGUAGCGAGGAAGGUGAGAUCGAAGAGGAUUAG